CAGACGUGUGAGGUGGGCGGUGGGCGAGUGGACAGCCUGGCACGGGUGAUGGGAGGGGCAGGGCAAGGGGCAGCUUCUCACCAUGCCGCUCAUGCUACCGCGCUGCAGGUCAUUCACCAUCAACGUCUCGACGCCCAACAACGCUACUCGACCCUCAUCUCCGCCAUUCUCUCCCACGAAAAGGAUCUCCAGGCUCAAGAGGAGAGAAAACGUGAAGGAGAGCGCAUGUUGGAGCGUGAGGCUGGAGAGGUUGGACAGCAGCUACAGGAGGUGACAAGGCUUCAGCGGCUCAUCCACGACACCAGAAGUACAACCGCCGCCACCACCGCCAAAGUUGCGACCUAUUCCACGUAUAAGGAGUACGUGGAGAGGAGCGUGGCCAUCUUUGGCAGUGAGGCUGCCACAGUGGAGGGCGUCUGUGGCCGCUUCAGAGACCUGCUUAUCCUCAGGCUCCAACUGCUGCUUAAGGUCAAUCUUGCCCUCCGCCAGCUGCACCAUGCACGCAAGGAGCUGCUUGUCUUUGUCCAGAGUGAGAAGGAGCGAGAGGGAGAAGCUUUACUAAAGCUGUAUCGUGAACGUGCCGCCAGUUGGACCACCUCCAGAAACCUGAGUAAGAUGGAGGCUCGUCUUGCAGCUCUCCAGACAGCAUCCACACACACGCACACACACCUCACGCGAGUGCGACUUGCCCUUGUCAAUAUCUAUAGUGUGGCACGGGCGUACCAGCACUCCCUUUCUGCCUUGGGUCCCAAGGCAGCCACUUCCACUGUCUUGAAACGGCUACACAAUUUUCUUGUUGAUGCUAUGACUGUCACCACCACCGCCCGCGCAGCUACCCACCCCGCUUCCCUCCGUCCUAGUGCUUCCAGUGUGGCCAAACCCAUCGGAAAGGGUAGUGCCGCACUUACAAAGAAAGACAUGCAGCCUGGAAAAACUGAAGAGGAGGAUCAGCCUGAGGAUUUAUUCGUGUCUCGAAGUGUCAGCAAAAGACAUGGCAUACAGUCAAGCCGAGAGGGAAGGAAGAGAACCAUGAAGGUAGAGGCAGCUGAAGAAGUGUUAACAGGUGAAAAAAUGUGAGGCUUAGAGUACCGAGGGCAAGAGUAAGACUCCGAAAGAAAUACUGAAAGGGACUAUCUAAACUAUCUAAACCAGUAGUUCUUAACCUUUUUACUACUACGCCCCCUCUAGGAAUUGCUGCUUCCCUCUACGCCCCCCUUGCAUCAAUGAUUUAAUUUUCCUUACAAAUUUUAAAGAAAAAAAAGUGUUUUUAGUCUUUUUAUUGAGUAUGAAUUACCUAGUCAUUAGUGAGAUAUUUGACACUGCUUCUUAGCUACUACACUAGAUCUUGAAUGCGUGGUUGAAUGCCAGAGAGUGCACAACGUAAGUCCCUUUCAAUGUUCAGCCUGUUUCUGUAUUUGGUAUUGACAGAAACGAGCCUGGAAAAUGAAGCUUCACAAAGAUACGUGGAUCCGAACAUUGUUAGAAUCCGAAGAGCCUGAGGUGAGAUCAGAGAGUAAAUAGGAAGGUACUUGACCCAGAAUGUCUCAAGAUCUAGUUCUUUGAAGUCUUCCUUAGCUGUAGAGUUGAACUUUAACUCAAAAAAUCCUCUUGCACUUCAUCCGAUACAUGAGCUACUUCACAUUGAAAUGGGUUCCUGAUGAAUUUCCAGGCUUCACACUCCUCAUCUAUAUCUGGGAAGUAUCUCUUGGCUUCUGUUUUAAAGUUAGUUAGUGAUUAUUUGUUUCUUUAACUCAGAAUCAAGGUUACCGUGACUGAGAGCAGAGUCCAAGUUACUAAAAGUGGCUGUAUUUCCCUGCUGAAUUCGACACUUCUUGAGGUCAAGAUUGGCCGUGAAGGUUUGAAUGGUGUCUUGGUGCAUGAUGCUGUUGAUGUUUUUCCUUUGUAGUUUAAGGUUGAGAGCAUUCAACACUUCGAAGAUGUCCACCAGGUAAGCUAGAAUUUUAUUUUUAUUAUUUAUUUAUUUUUUUUUUUUUUUUACUUGUACCCCUGUUGCGCCGGUAGACUCUCUUGAGGGGCCUGGAUGGAAGUCGGCCCCAGCCCAUCAUGGCGCAGGCAAGUGUUUAUAGUGUCGCCAUCUUCUCUUGGCUCAUGCUGCCCCCGGAACUCCUUCUUGAUUCACUUGGACGGUUUCCUCUAGAGUCCGGGUUGAUGGGUGGUCUUCAGGACAGCAUGUGGGUAAUUUUAAGCCACUCGGCGGUGACUGAAAAAUCCGAGGUGGUAGCGUGGGGAUUCGAACCCGCGUCGUCCAUCACGCGGUGAAUGCGGGCCCAGCACGCUACCACUCAGCCACCGCCUACCCUUUGGGGGGCGCACCCAACAGGUUAAGAACGACUGAUCUAAACUAACCAUUAUUAUGGAUGUGACUUAGUGAAUGAGAGACCUUCAAAAUCUGAAAGGAAAAUUUUGACGAUGUUUUUUUUUAUGGGGAAAAAUAAUAAAGAAUACAUAUAAGGACUAGAUGGAAAAUAAAAUAAUUCGUUUAUUUUUUUUCAAAAUGCGGUUACUGAAGUUAUUCAUGAAAGUGAUACGAAAAACAAAUGUUUUUUUUUAAAUAAUAGUGGUUCUGUGAAGACACUGAUAAGUUCGAAGGAAAGAUAAAAAUCUGCUAUCACCACCAUCACAACAACAAAAAAAAAAACAAUAGUAAAAGCACCAACACCUACAGAAAAGCCAACACCAACGACACAACAUUUAACAAACCCGGCGACCCCUCAACACUUAAUCAACACCACCACCACCACUUGUUAACUGCAUAGGCCUACCUCCACCCCUCCUGCGACCCCACUGCAUGUGGUUUUCUACUCUAGCUCACCCCUAAGCCAUCUAAAUUCCUUGUGUAAGAGUUAGCCAGCAUAUUUACUCUUUCAUCCCUCUCGGUGAUAAACUCUGGAACAACCUUCCUUCCUCUAUAGUUCCUCCUGCCUAUGGCUUGAACUCUGUCAAGAGGAGCGUAUCAAGACACCUCUCGAUCCGGAACUGAUCUCUCUUUUGGCCGCUCAUUUCUAUUUGCUUUUAUAGGAGUAGUGUUGAGUGGGCUUACCCUUGAGUUAUUUUCUAUACUGUAAAAAAAAAAAUAAAGAUAACACCUUACAACUUUCCCUUUGACUUAACUAAGACAACUAUGCUAAAUUCUUUAAAUAUUUGAAUUCCAAAGUGGAGCACAUCUUAACUCCCUCUCCCUCUCCAUCUUAGGAGAUUUCAGUGUUCUCCACCAGCUUUGGCUUUCAUCCUCUUUCACUGACCAGCCUGGGUGAACAAGCCUACAACUUUACUCUUCUUCUUGAUCUAUAGAGUUAGUUCAACACGCUACACGUAUUCGUGGCCGCCGACACGCACAACGCUCCAGACCUCUUCCUAACUUCUAAUCCUCCAUCUUAUUCUGUCAAACCAUUCUCUCCGUUGGACUCUUCCGUUCACAACCUUAUUACCGUAAUCUGUCCUAUCGCUCCUGUACAACCUCUGGACUCGCCGAGGAGGCGGUGCUUCUGGCGUUAUGCUUAAUGGGGGGUUGUAAAAUCUCAAAUCCCAUGUUAAAUUCUUUAUGUUCUAAGCGUAUUUCCUCCCUUACGUACGGGCCGAUGUCUUUCAUUCAAAAAGCA